AUGGACUUGCUUCUUCAAUUUCUUCUUCUUUGUCUUCCCCUCCCACCUCUCCUCUAUCUUCUUCCCAAAAUCAUCAAAAACAAAUCAAGAUUCAGUCGACCAGGCCCUCUUGGGCUACCCUUCAUUGGAAACUUGCACCUGAUCAAUCCCUCAAGCCUACAUACUUCCCUAUGGCAACUCUCCAAAUCAUAUGGUCCAAUCGUAUUUCUCAACUUUGGUUUCAUCCCAGUUAUCGUUGUUUCUUCAGCAAAUCUAGCCAAAGAAGUCUUGAAACCCCAAGAUCUUAAAUUUUGCAGUAGGCCAUCAUUACUUGGCGUAUCAAAGGUGACUUAUAAUGCUCACGAUGUAAUUUUUUCGGCCUACAACAAGAACUGGAGAGAGAUGAGAAAGAUUUUUGUGCUUCAUUUGCUAGGCCCUAAAAGGGUACCAUCUUUUAGACAUAUUCGUGAAGAUGAGGUCUCAAGUGCCAUGAAGAAUAUACAUGGGUUGGCUCUUUCGUCUAAGCAUGUCAAUUUGAGUGAACUCAUUAAGAGCGUGACGAGUAACAUGAUGUUAAGAGUGGGUUUUGGUAAGAGGUACCAAGAUGGACAUGAAAGAAAGGAGGUUCUUCGACUAAUUACUGAAGUUCAGGCAAUUUCAGCAGAUUUCUUUGUUUCUGAUCUUUGGCCUGGUCUGCCUUUUGUGGCUUUGGUUGAUAGGUUAUUGGGCAAGGUGGAUCGGGUAGAGAAAUGCUUCCAAUAUUCCGAUUCGUUUUACCAACAACUCAUUGAUGAACACCUCAACCCUCAAAAACUUAAGUUGCAUGAGGAAGAAGAGGAUUUUGUUGACAUUUUACUACGACUCAAGAAAGAGCAACUCUUCGACCUCACUUACGAUCACAUUAAAGCCAUACUCAUGAAUGUACUGGUAGCCGGAACAGAUACUACUGCUGCUACAGUGGUUUGGGCAAUGACAGCGCUAAUAAAUAACCCUAAUGUAAUGAAGAAAGCACAAGAAGAAGUAAGAAAUGUGGUUGGAAACAAGGGUAAAGUAGAUGAGGAUGAUCUUCCAAAAAUCACCUAUCUAAAGGCAGUGGUGAAAGAGACCUUAAGGUUAUACCCUCCAGCUCCUUUUUUAGUACCUCGAGAAACAACAAAAGAAGCCAUUUUACAUGGCUACAAAAUUAAGCCGAAAACCCUAGUUUUCGUGAAUGCGUUGGCCAUCGGAAGGGACCCAGAAUGUUGGGAGAGGCCGGAAGAGUUCUUGCCAGAGAGAUUUGUGGGAAGUGCUAUUGACUUUAGAGGGAAUGAUUUCAAGUUCAUCCCAUUUGGGGGCGGACGAAGAAUCUGUCCCGGAAUCUCGAUGGGAGAUGUUAUGGUGAAUCUGUUACUUGCUAAUCUUAUUUAUUUAUUUGAUUGGGAUUUGAUGGAUGGCAUGGGAAAGAAAGAUGUAGACGACUUUUGGGUUCUGAAUGGGAUAACCAUGCACAAGAGGAAUGAGCUUUCCCUUUUAGCUCAUGUGUAUACAUGUAAAUAG